UGAGUACGUAGUUUUAUCUCAUUAUGUUUUUAAUUUGUAUUUCCCUGACGAAUAGUUAUGUUGAGCACACUUUUUCAUGUUUUUAUUGGUCUUCCAUAUAUCUUUUGUGAAGUGUGUUCAAAUAUGUCACCUUUUCUUAAUUAGGUUGUUUCUCUUAUUUUUUAGUUGUAGGUGUUCUUAAUAUAAUCUGGAUACUAGUCUUUUGUCAGAAUAAUUUUUUUCUGCAUAUAUAUUUCAACUGUGCUAAAGCCACACGGUUCUCUUUGCUCUUUCUUAAAUAUGCUAAGGCCCUAUCUGUCUUAGAACUCUGAACUCUCUUUGUCGCCUGGAAUGCUGCUCUUCCAGAUACACAUAGAACUUGCUUCCAGACCUCCUCCAGUCACUGUUCAAAUGGUCCUUUUUCCUGAAAUUUUUCUUAACCAUCCUAUUUUAGCACCACGCUCUAACCAACUGAGCUAACCGGCCAACUUUAACCAUCCUAUUUUAAAAGGUAAUAUCCACGGCCUGGCAUUCCCCCCCUUUCUCAAUUUUUUUUUUCUCCAUUGCACAUAUCCACCGUGCGGCUGUAUUUGUUAACAUUUAUCUGGAUGAUCCCCAACCAUUAACAUGGAAAAUAAUUAUCUGCAGCCUGUUUAGGGGAUUACUUCCUCUUUUGGAGACUGAAGCACUCAGGGGUGAUAAAUAUGUGAGCCUGGCGGAUGAAGAGGUAGAUUCCAUUAACGUACUGUCACCUAUCCUUUCCUAUGUACCCGAGGCCCGUCGCCGAGGGCGGUCGGCUCCAGAUCCUUCCCCAAAUGCCCGCGCCAGAAGCAAGAUGCAAACUGAGUCCCGCCUGCCUCGAAAGAGAACUAUUGACUCUCUAGCAGGGGAGACGCAUGUAGAGCUCAUCGGAGUCAGUACUUCACACGAAAAAGAGCUGAGGACGUCUCGUCCGACGCCAUGCGGCUUCAGGACGAGGCGGCGACCCACAGCCAGCCCGCCAGAGGAGCCUCGCCGACCCCCUCGCCGGAAGUGGAGGAAGGAACCCCGGCUCUCCCUUGCUUUCGUAGACCGCACUCAGGUUGGAGAGGAAGGGUGUGCGGGAAGGCGGCCGACCACCUUCCUCCGGCUGGGACCGGGAAAGACGCGACGGACUCCGGGACGCCUGAGAGGGGGCGCAGCUGCCGCCGAGCUUCCGGAAGUUGAGGGUUUUGUUUCCGUGGGGAAGAUCUUAAGAAACGGACAGGGACGCGCCGCUGAGUCCUCCCAGCGCAGUAGCGGGCCUGAACUGGGGGCUCAAUCCCGGCGCCCGUGAGCGUGAUUUUUCCGUGCGAGGCCUGUGGUUCCCUGCGACCUCGUUUAUGGAGGGCUGUAAAGUCUAGCGGCGAUACAUCAUCCUGAUAGGCCCGCGUUUCACCAAGAAAAAAGUCAGAUGAAAUUCCAGCAGGUCAAAGGUGCUGCUAAAACAUAAAUCAAAUGUUGUCUAUUGGGGAAACGGCAUCUCAUCCACGGAUCAGAGCCGGACUUACUGCACAAGCAGGGGAUCAGGUGGCAACCUUGAUCCUUCGCCAGGAAUGAAUCCUGUCUUAUCUAUGAAAUGCAGUUAACAGAGCAACUGGACCUGUUUCCUGAGUACAGGGUGACCCUUCUGUUAUUUAAAGAUGUGAAAAAUGCUGGAGCCUUGAGAAAAAAGGCCAUGGAAGGUGGCAUUGACGGCUCAUUAAUCAACCCUACAGUGAUUGUCGAUCCAUUUCAGAUACUUGUGGCAGCAAACAAAGCAGUUCACCUCUACAAACUGGGGAAAAUGAAGACAAGAACUCUAUCUACGGAAAUUAUUUUCAAUCUUUCCCCAAAUAAUAAUAUUUCAGAGGCCUUGAAAAAAUUUGGUAUUUCGGCAAAUGACACUUCAGUUCUAAUUGCUUAUAUUGAAGAGGGAGAAAAACAAAUAAAUCAAGAAGACAUCAUAUCUCAGGUAGAAGGUCAUCAAGUUCCUUUGAAAGAACUCACUGAAAUAACAGAUAUUACAGAAGUCAAAAAGAUAUAUAAACUGUCUUCACAAGAAGAAAGAAUUGGGACAUUAUUGGAUGGUAUCAUUUGUAGAAUGUCAACAAAAGAUGUUCUGUAAAAUAAUAAAUAUAUUAAAAAUUUUCAGCAUUUAUAAAAAA